CUCUGGGUUUGGAGGAAGGUCAUGACACCCAUGAGUCUUAGUGACUCUUUCCUGGUUCUUUCCAGAGCCUGCCUGUCCUGGGAAGUGCUAAUGGUCUGCUCUCUCUGCAGGUGUGGUACAUGGAUGGCUACCACAACAACCGCUUUGUCCGCGAGUACAAAUCUAUGAUUGACUUUAUGAACACGGACAAUUUCACCUCGCACCGCCUGCCCCACCCCUGGUCCGGCACGGGGCAGGUGGUCUACAACGGCUCCAUCUACUUCAACAAGUUCCAGAGUCACAUCAUCAUCAGGUUCGACUUGAAAACGGAGACGAUCCUCAAGACACGCAGCCUGGACUACGCAGGCUACAACAACAUGUACCACUAUGCCUGGGGUGGCCACUCAGACAUCGACCUCAUGGUGGACGAGAACGGGCUGUGGGCCGUCUACGCCACCAACCAGAACGCGGGCAACAUCGUGAUCAGCAAGCUGGACCCCAUCUCGCUGCAGAUCCUGCAGACCUGGAACACCAGCUACCCCAAGCGCAGUGCUGGAGAGGCCUUUAUCAUCUGCGGGACCCUCUACGUCACCAACGGCUACUCGGGGGGCACCAAGGUCCACUACGCGUACCAGACCAACGCCUCCACCUACGAGUACAUCGACAUCCCCUUCCAGAACAAAUACUCCCACAUCUCCAUGUUGGACUACAACCCCAAGGACCGGGCCCUGUAUGCCUGGAACAAUGGCCACCAGAUCCUCUACAACGUCACUCUCUUCCACGUCAUUCGCUCUGACGAGUUGUAGCUCCCUCUGCCCAGAAGCCACGGUCCAAGUCCUCACCCACAAGGAAACUCCUGUGAAACAGCUGCCAAAAUGAUACUCAUCACACUAAUUUGGAAAAUCAUCAGCAAUGCGGAUCCUGACGUCGAGGGAUGGCAUUACCUCCUGUGUCUCCCGUUCGUGCCGGCGGGCCACAGACGUCCUAAGAAACCCCUGUACUUGCAGCUGGAACUGCAGCCCAUGGCACCCCGGUUCUGCCCCGUCCGUCCUCUCUGGUCACAGAACAUACUAAAGAAGCAAGGUAGUGACUGUUGGCCAAUUCUCGCCCAAGAAUGGCCCGCUGUUAGGGUGGCACGGACGUUUCCUCAGUCGUGGUCGCCUCCGAUGGCUGUGAUCGUCCUGUCUCCUUGAGAGCCCCGGGCUGCGCUCGGCGCAGGCUAGUGUCGCUCCCAUCCCAUCGCAGCUGCUGUUUCCUGACUGUGUUGUUGUCUCUUAGAUCAACCGUGCGGAGGCUCCAGCCGCACGCAGACCUGUGUCCAGCACUUGCUAAAGCGAUGGUCGGAGAGCACAGAACGAAGUCGCUGUACCCACGUUGUUUGAACUCGUGUACCCCGUAGAUACUUGUGCAGUGUCCGUCUGUUCCCCCUUGAGGUGGUAACCCUGUUCGUUCAGUUUAUGCAGUGGAUGUUGUAAAUGCAAUGCCGUAGUUUGGAUUAAUAAGUGGAUGGUUUUUGUUUCUAAAAAGAAAAAAAAAAAAUCAGUGUUCACCCUUAUAGACACAUAGUCAAGUUCAUGUUGAUAAUAAUCAAAGGAAUUACUCUCUUCCUAUUAAAUUAUCCAAGUCCUGUAGCCGCAGAUGGGAAGGCUUGCCAGGGAAACUUCAGUUUCCAAAGGGAAAGGAAUGUGAAGAGGGCAACAGUGUGUGGAAAGAACGUUUUUAAAGUAAAAAACGAGGAAAACUUUGUACCUUCCAGUUAUCUGAGGAAAAUAAAAACAUUAGGAGAUGU